UGUAACUCGUUAAUUAAUGUUAUAAAAUGUUAGUCAUACCGUUAAAUAUUAACAGUGAAGAACCAAUUAGGUAGUGUUGUGAUUAUAUUAAAACUUUACAGGAUUUCCCGCUAAUUUUUGACAAUAAAAAACUUUCGUCAUGUCCUCGAGUCCUUUCCCGUACACUUGCGAGUUAUGUGGUGCGGAGGGUCUGACCGAUGACGGCAUGAGAUCUCACACCCUGGAGGCGCACGUGGCCGGCAGACCAGACUGCCCCUUCUGCGAUUGUGCCGUACCACAGCCGCAGCUGGUCAACCACGUGCAGAGGGUGCAUCUACAUUAUCUCACGCCCGAGAGAGAGCUGAUGGCAUUCAUUGAUGAUCAGAGUCCGAGUUUCGACGACGAUUCUAAGAUGACUACUACAGAUAGUUGCAGUUAUAAUACUCCAGGUUCAAUCAAUGGUUGGCACAGUCCAGACACCUCUUCAUCGUACCACAACGGGGCCAUAUCCAAAAAUAUCAACUAUCAAAAUGGAUUUCAAGAAAAAGAGGGCUAUAGAAAGGACAAAGAUAAUUAUAGUAGCGAAAAAGAGGACGAUAGAUAUUUACGGUCGCCUAAAAAUAUUAAUUUAUCAAAUGGGUUAAAAUAUAUUAACGUUAGCAAUGGUGUAAUACCAAAGAAAAUACAAAGUAGACAAAAUUCUAAUGAAGGUGAUGUUAUUAAUGGUUAUGAAAGAAAAGGUGCUCAUUCUAGUCCAAGUCAUAAUAGCAGUAGUUACGAAGGCUCACCUAAUAAGAGUAAAUUAGCAAUGGCCAGCGCAGGGCAGGGCUCUCCACUUAGAUCUCAGUUAGCAUUAAAACUUAAGCCUAAUACACCUAAGAAAUCAGUACCCACACCUAGUCCUACAGUUCAGUGCCUCCUGUGUGAUUUUAAGUCGACAUGUCCGAGGAAAUUGGAAGAACAUAUAAACCGGGCGCAUUUCGAUCUCACUUCGCCUUCUGUGAUGGGAAAUGCUAACGCCAACUCAGAAAACCCAACAUUAACAGGGAACAAUCCCACAUUAACGCUAGAUAAUCCUACGCUAGCGUUGAGCGCUAUGGCCCUAUCGCCAGGACCCCAUGGCUCGACAUUCCAAUGCCCUAUUUGCGAAAGAGAAUUCUCCAAUGGUUCAGAAGUGGAAGUCCAUGUAAAUGUUGAGCACCGUGAUAUCUUGAGUCCACAAAAAUCAGAUCAAAUGGACAAUGCUUCGUGUGAGGAUGUGGUGAUGAUGGAAGAGAGUCCAGUCAGCAACUGCCCGGUGUGCUGUCAACCUUUACCCCUGUCCCAACAUGAACUGAUCCAACACAUAGAAGAGCACUUUGAGAGAGGGGAAGAAGGUGGAGCGACAGCGCUAACAGAGGCAGAGAGAGAAGCACAGAGGAGUAGAGAAGAACACGAGUUCCAACUGUUGAGGGCACAAUAUGGAAUGGAAGAGGACGAAGAAGGCUACACUAACCGAGCCACAAACAGUCUGAAGCGGGCCGUAUACAGUGGAGCAUUAUCUGUGGCCGGAUACUAUGAACGUAGCGUGGGACUGAAGAAGGCUACUGCGUUGGGACGGGACACUGGAUCCUCCAGGACUGAUGGAAUAUUGGAGAGGAUAGCUCAACUAAACGCCCAGAAUCCUAGUAUAGUGAAGACAUUUUUGUGCGGCGGGGUGGAUCACUACGCCAGCACCUACGGCGACAGGGGAUGGGGAUGCGGUUACAGGAACAUGCAGAUGGUCCUAUCGUCUUUACUACGGCACCCUCCAUACGCGGCGUUAUUGAGCAGCGUGACUUCUACAUGCGGGGGCGUGCCUUCCAUACCGCGGCUACAGUUGUUAGUGGAAAGAGCUUGGGCCAUGGGGAUUGAUACACAGGGCUCGGAGCAGUUAGGUUCAAAAUUACAUAACACCCGCAAAUGGAUAGGAGCUUGCGAGGUGGUCACCGUACUGUCUUCAUUCAGAAUAAGGUGUCAGCUGAUAGAUUUCCACAAACCCACGAGUUCAGACGGCGGUCACCCGGCGUUGUUCGACUGGGUGCUACGAUAUUUUCAAGAUGACCCGACGGCUUUUAAAGCACCUUUAUAUCUGCAACACCAAGGUCAUUCUCGUACAAUAAUAGGUUAUGAAAAACACAAAGAUGGUAAAGCUACACUUUUAGUAUUGGACCCGUCGCAUUCUCCGGCGCAAGUCCGUCAAGUUCUCUGCGGGAGUACCUCAGGGCGCAUCGCUGCGUUACGACUUUUACGUCGCGGCGGUUGCGCUUUAAGGGCGCGCCAGUACCAACUAUUAUGUGUUACCGGAGUGAUGCGAGACGAGCAAGAGUUCCAGGCGAGCAAAGUUCUUCAAUCAGUUCGCAUUCCAUAGUCACGGCGUGCGGGCUCCCAGCCACCGAAACUAGCCCCUAUUUCGUACGUAUUAGAACCAUUAUCCCGUGAACACUUAUUAAACUCCUUCCUCCUCGUAUCUACGUAAGAAUAAGUUUAAUUGGCAAUUAACAAUUUGUUUAGUUGUGUUUCUCGCAAUAAAUAUUGUAAUUUAUUUAAAUUAUGCAUCUUGGUCUAUAAUAAGAACUUGACUGUUAAACACAAUAAGUUAUCUUCGAUAAUAUGAGCUUACUAUAGUAUAUUUACCUAGAUAGAUAGAGUUGGAUUUUUUUUUUGUGUUUUAUAACCAACGAUAUUAAAUACCCUAGAUA